AUGCUGGAAAAUCAGACGACUUCAACUGAACAACUGACUACCAAAGAGCAUCAGCGCGUAGUUUCUGGUGAACAGAAAGCAGAGGAGAACUCUCUCGAUCUCAACGAUUACCCUGCGGAACACGGCGAAAAGCCGAUAGUGGAAAGCCCAAUGGCCUCUGCUGCUUCCGUCGGCAGUACUCGGUUUAAGAGAAAGAAGGGUUUGGGAAAGGAUGAAGCCGAGAGGGUGUACGAGUGCCGAUUUUGCUCCCUCAAGUUCUGCAAAUCUCAAGCACUAGGCGGCCACAUGAACCGGCAUCGACAAGAGAAAGAAACCGAGACGCUCAAUCGAGCUCGUCGGUUGGUGUUCUGCAACGAAAGUCUCGCCGGCGCUGCAGCAGUCAUCGGAUUGAAAGAUCUAGCUCGCACGGGCUCACAAAUCCACAUCGGGGGCUACCAACACUUCGCUGCCGGCGGCGGCGGCGGCAGCAUUAACGGAGAAGCGUUUCUUCAAUUCCGACCAGUGGUUUAUCCGAAUGCACCCGUGCAGCAAUACAUUUAUCCUUCUUAUUCCCCACCCUCACACUCGCUUCCAUACACAUCGCCACGCGUCCAACGCUCCGGCGCCACCAUCGGCGAUUACUGUGUUGGCCAUGUCGCCUCCGGGAGCGCCCAGCGUCAAGCACAGUACGGUCCUCAUCGAGAUCCCGGCUUUACAUGCUACGGAGCGCCUCUGUCUCACAGCUCCUCCUCGGUCGAGGAAGCGCGGCCAGCGACUUCAAGAGAUCAUGGUGCGCCAUGCAAUCUGAAGUAG